UUUUCUUUUUCUUUUUUCUGCUCGUAUCUUUUCUCCCUUAAGCCUUAGGUGCUUUUCGUGUCAUCGCCUAUGUUUCGGUCGUCUAUAAUCAAUUAAUUGCAUUUGUUGGAGUAUAGGAUGACGCAUUUUGUUAAUUAAUUUUUUUGUUGCACGUCGCAUCGUUGAGAACCACUUAUUGAUUGACUGCUCUCUCUUCCUUCUCCUUCCCUCUUGGCGUCGAAUCGUUACAAUGAGGCUAUGACAUAUCUUUAAGAUCUGCUUGGUUGGAGACAAUUACAUUUAUGACUAAGCUCAUAUUUCUAUUCUACAUUGGUAUCUUUGAGAGAUCGUUGUUUCCACCAAUCCAUCUCGAGCGAGUCUCGCAUCUAGUACUCCAGUCCUAGUCAACGUUUCUCCCAACUGGAUUAUUUGAUGUCAUAUGCCUGGUCUUAUCAACAGUAUGGAGCAUUUUCCUGUUCAAGAUAACAGACAGUCACGGCUCCAAUCACUUGGUGAGGAAUGGGGUAUAACAUGUCAACCACCACCAUCACCCUCGCCAAGACCCGAUCAACCGCCAUCAUACCGAACAGACAACGAUGAAUUUCUCGCAGAGGACCUUCUUAAAAGACAGCGCACCAAUGAAUCACAAAAUCAACAGUCCAAGGGAAGUCUUACUCGCGCCUUCACGACUAAAAAGAAGGCGUGGGAAUAUCGUGAAAUAUAUAGUGCUCUUGUAGCCCAUAUUACUAACCAAGGAUCACCGGGAGUUGCCGAAUGUCUAAUACUCAGGUUGAAUCUAGCUGGUGGAAAUCUCAACUUAGCACAAAAGAGCCGAACCAGUUUACUCAGCAGGAGGAAAAGUCUCGACUUGGCUGAGCGCAGUCAAGUGCUUCAAAUUGCCGUGAAAAAUGGACAUUAUGAGAUGGUCGAAGUUUUACUACCGUACGCCGACGCAUUAAGCUUAGACACCUCAUUGCCAACCGCGAUACGAAACGGGAAUGUAGCAAUUGCUGCACUUCUCAUACGGUAUGGUGCAAGUGUGGCUCAAACCGCAGAUGGACAAGAUGCAUUUCGACAAAUGUGUGCUAUAGGUGGUCACCCGGACUUAAUUUCGCUUAUUCUGGGUUCUGAGGGACGACCGAAUGCAGCUUGGAUUUCCCAAUCCAUGGUAGAAGCUGCUAGGGCUGGCUGCCUUGGUACGGUGACACAUCUAAGCCAGUCAAUAGCCGAUGGUAACCACGAUAGUGCAGCAGCGCUGAAAGCAGCGGUGGCGCUCGGUCGGAGAGAUAUCGCUCUCGCCAUCGUCCUUGGCAGCAAGCCACCAUCUCAACCCGGUUUAAAUGAAGCUUUCGAUCAACUCAUGACCCACCAAAAUAUCAAUCCGAAUGAGAAAAUGGCGAUGGCCGAGAUUCUUUUAUGUGCCGGGGCCGGAGGAGACUCAACCGCGAAAGCCCUGAUUCACGCCUGUGCGACGUACUUCCUCGAAAUGGUACAUCUUCUAAUCUCUUACGGGGCGUCAAUUGAAUACCAAGAUGCAAUUGCGGUUCGUAAAGCUGUGUCAAAAGGCAAAAUCGACUUGGUGGAGGUUAUGUUGAACGGAAGAUCCAGCUUCAGUUCCCAUUACGCAUCCGAAUGUGUAGAACUUCUACCAAAGAAAAUGAGAUUCGAGGAGCGGCACACCCUUCUCAAUCUGCUACUUCAUAAAGGCGCAGCCGGUACACCAUUAGAUGAUGCACUCAUUGAUGCGGUAGAGGCCGGUGACCUGGAAGCAGUAAAAAUACUUCUUACUCCCUUAUUCCCUGGUGGGAAAAUAGUUGGAAGCAAAGACAUCAGGAAAGGUCCCCGAAGCAUGGUAUUCGAGCGUCACGAAACUGCCUCUACGGAACAUAAGGGCGCCUUGGCAUUGCAGAUCGCCGUGAAGAGAGGUGAUACCGCCAUUGCGAAUUUGAUAUUAUCAGGAAAGCCACCUAAUCCCGUUGCACUUGCUCAAAUAUUCCCUAGCGUGCGAAAUCUUCCGCCGAUAGAACGAUAUCAAAUUACGGAAUCCUUCCUCAGAGCCGGAUUGACAGGUCCUACGGUUCAUAGUGCAUUAGAAAAUGCUAUCGACGAGAAGCCACCGCAUCGAGAUGAAAAGCUCAUUGCUCUAUUUCUCCGUUACAAUGCAGAUGUGAACUUCAAUGAAGGCCAUACUAUUACUGCGGCUGUUUUACAAAAGGAUGUCAGGCUGUUAGAGAGAUUACUCAAGAGCAAACCGACAAUUCAAGUAACAGCUAAAGCAAUUCCUAGGGCGAUGGAAAUUGGCGACAAUGCGAUACGACUCGAAAUCAUAAAUUUACUCUUAGCGGCAGGUGCAUCUCAAGGAGGUACGGAAAUAUCUACAGCAGUUGAUGCAGCUGUGCAAGCAAAUCCUCCGGACAAGCGAUUACUCAAGACGCUUCUACAGCAAGGGAACGCAGAUGUGAAUAUAAACCAAGGGAUUGCGGUAGAGCAUGCCGUGCUUCAUUCAGAUCCGGAUAUCCUUGAAAUGAUUCUUGGCCUAGGACAACCCAACAACGAAAGCUUAGAACGGGGCUUGAAGAGUGUAGCGAAACUGCCACCAUCUCCUGUUAAAACAGAGAAGUUAAAUUCGAUAUUACGUCGCACACAAUCGAAAGAUGCCGUUACCGCUCUUCUCAUACAAGAAGUACAGGCCGUCUUGAAGGUGCCUGCGGCCGAACAGAAUUUCUCGACCUUGAAAGUUCUGAUAGCAAAUGGCGCUGAUAUUAAUGCCAUGAAUGCUGAAGCACUAUGUCGAGCGGUUGCUGCGGCGAACAUGCAAUUAGUAGAUGUUCUAUUCACCGCCAAGCCGAACCCUACGUCGAUGGCGUUUGCUAUGCCUCACGCUCUUCGUAUUCGCGACUUGGUGGACCGACUGACAUUUGCGCAAAAAGUCUUAGAAGGUGGUAUACCGCCAAAUGAAGUGAAUAGGGCUCUUGUAUUUGCGGUGAAUACCUACCCCGAAGAUAUACCUCUCAUCAACACACUUUUAGCUUGCGCCGAUACUCAGGACGGGCUAGCCUUAAUGGAUGCCAUUAAGAGAGAGAAACAAGAUAUCGUGGAAUUAAUACUCCGCAAGAAGACUUUCACCACCGAGGUCCUUAACACUGGCUUCACACAUGCAUCGAGGGGGAAGAACAAGAGGUCAAGAAGCAUGUCUUCAAUUAGUUUAUUAAAAGCUGGAGCGUCGGGUGAUGUGGUAUCUGACGCACUCUUAGCCGCUGCUACGGAUGGCGACGUGGAUUUCGGCACCAUCUUAGUGCAGAAUGGGGGUAGUGUGGAGCAUAAAGACGGCCAAGCUAUUGUGGAAGCUUGCAAGUCAGGAGCUGUUGAAGUCUUAGCCAUGUUGCUAGCGGGCGAUUCCAAAGUCGCUCAGAAGACACUUCAAAGAGGUUUCCAGGCAGCUACACAAGUCGGAGACUUGAAGAAGAGGGCUGAGAUUUUCAAGUUACUUCUGCAAAUGGGUGUCACCGGAGACGUAGUUGAUGCGCAGCUUGUAUCAGCUGGAAGAUAUGGCGACGAAGGGAAAAAUCUCGUGGAGCUUUUGUUGGUGUAUGGAGCAAGCCCUGAUUACAACGACGGCGACGCAGUCGAAAAGGCUGCAAGGAGCGCCUUCUUGGGCAAUUUAGAGAUGCUCCUAGGCAUCGUUGAUGUCGGUGGGCGUCAGAAACGGCCCUCUUCACAUACUCUAGUACGUGCUAUGGAGGCAUGCUGGGAUACUAACAGGGACACAAGAUUUAAAAUCAUGAGUUGGGUAUUCCAAGCAGGAAAGCCCGUUCCGAGCGCCGUCCACAAUAUGUUGAACCGUGCGGUUAAUGAAGAAAAUCCAGAGGAAAGACUCAUUCAACUUCUCGUUACCAAUCGAGCAUCGCCAACAGCGAAUAGCUGCCAGACCUUAGUCGAUGCAACUAAAACUCUGUCGCCCUCAGCUUUCGCUAAACUUCUGGAGUCAAAAAUCACCGCGGAAGAGGCUUCAUCGGUAUUUGCAAAAGCUUUUGUACCCGAUAAUGUUUCUUGGUGGUUAUCUACUUGCGGCUACGAGAUCGGUAAGAGCUUGCUUGAAAAGGGUGCGACUGGCGAUGGAGUCGAUGCAGCUUUCGCUGCAGUUUUGGGGCUCUAUGUCGAAACGCACGCAAAAUUAGCGAAUGAUUUCGUUGACCUGCUUCUCAAAUAUGGCGCGGAUGUCAACUACAAUAACGGAGAAUCUUUCCAAAAUGCAGCCGCCCAGGGAGAUCCCGACCUACUCAAAAGACUGCUUCGGGAAAGACCUAACUCACAAGCACUUACGUUUGCAUUCCCUCGAAUUUUCAAUACAAAUGCGACCGAAGACGACGUAUACGACCUUAUUACGAUUUUCAUUGAAUACGGCGACGGGCAAAGUCGGAUGGAUGUUGCAUUCACCCAGUCAGGUUCAGAGCCCACCUUAAUCAGAGCACUGAGUCAGUUUCCGCGGUCGACAAAAAUCCUUGGGGCACUUUUAGAUGCCGGUUUUUAUCAUGACCAAAUGACGACUUGCAAGGUGAUGGAGGAAAUUGAAGAGGAGGAACAAGUGACACUGCUCAUGUGGGCGUUGUUGCAACCCCAAAAGAAAAUUAGCAGUGCAGUUAUCGACUUGUUGAUUGAAAGAGGUGCCAAGAUCAAUUUCGAAACAUCUAUAUCCCGCAUGACUCCUUUAAUGUUAGCGAUACAAUCUCGUCGCCAAGAUAUCGUUAAGUCUUUGCUUAUAGCAGAUGCCGACGUUGAUGUAACCGACGCGACGGGAAGAUCACCACUAUCAAUGGCAUCUGCGAUAGGAGGAGAUUUGGCUAUUAUCAUGAUGUCAAACCUAUUAGCAGCAGGAGCCUCAAAGAACGACGGCUCGCUACACAAUGCAGCACGCGAGCUUAAUCUGCAAGCGAUGCAAGUAUUAGUUGAAUAUAGGCACGACCCCGACUUCCCCAGUCCACUACAUGGUGGGCGUAGCGCAUUGGGCGAGCUAUGCCUUCAUGCGGCGGAUUCCGGCGAGCUCACGGCCCGCCGAGAGAAAACGAUGGAAAAAGCCAUCAAUUUCCUUCUCCAAAGUGAAUCUGAUAUCACUUUACAGUCUGAUGGCAAAUCUACCCUCCUUCUAGCUUUCGAAUCCGCCGAUCCCCUAACUACAACAAAAGUCUUGUUGCGAGCCGACAUGUGGAGAUACAUCAAUAAGCCAUUCAAUUACUACACGGAUGGAAAGUUUACUUACUCGCCCACCAUGUAUGUACAGCGGGUACUACCAGAAUCCGACCACAAAUCACAACUUCUGGUCUUAUUACGAGCAAACCGUGGGAUCGACGUUUACUACGCGAACAGUGGCCCACAGCCUGAUGAUGCCAUAGGUAUGCCUACGAAUAUCCAACUCGAAGAGCAAGAACGUAAAGCACGACUAGCUCGCAUACAAAAAGAGAACGAAGACCAUAUUUUGGCUAUCCAGCGAAAUAAGGAACUCGCAGCAGUCCAAGCGCAAAUUUGGGCAAGUCAAGCCGAACUGGAGGAUGCACGCAAGAAACGAGCACACAGCGCAGAUCUAUCGGCCAUACAAGAGCGAGCACGUGUUGAGGAGGAUUUAUUCAAUUCAGCCAUGCGACAACAACGCGCACGACAAGCUGCUGAAGUGAAGCACCAAGAAGCGCUAACACAUGCGGGCCUGACACGCGCCCAAGCGAUCGCAGACGCGGAAUUGGCAGUCGAAGCGCAGAAACAGAAACGAAUGUUGCAAUGGGAACGCGAUGUAGGCAACGAGCGUGUAGGUAAUGCCAACCAGCUCAGUAGCAUCAAGCUACGAGAAAGGGAAGAGUUAGAACGCUUAGAUCAAGCAGCGGAUUCGCGACUCAGGACUCGCAUUCAGGAGCAGAGGAAAUUGGUCGAUAGCCAGAGCAAUUUAGCGGCGAAUAUCGCUGGCGCGGGACCUGGGGCGAGGAGACAAAUUGGUUUUGUUAGUGGAGAGUUGGGACCGGAUUGAGUGAAUAUUUGGAGUUGACAUUGGCGAGGAAAAGUCCAGAGAAUUUGGUAUUGGACUUCUAGUUAAUAUUUUGAGUUGAUCCGACAAUUCUUGGUCGACAUUUUACUUGCAUUGUCGCGGAGAUUUUACUACCUACCUAGGUAUUGGUGUAGGUUAUGGCUCAUUAAGAAGCAUUUAUAAGAAACUUCAUAAUAAAGUCCCUUGCUUGCUUAGGUGUAGCAAGCUGAACACAGCGAUUGGGGGUGAUUACGGGCUCAUAUAGCGUCAUCUAUUAUUACUUAAUACAGUAAGCCUGGAUCAAAUGAAUUAAGUAAUCGGCAGCUAAUUUUAACAACUCGGAAUUCCGGGCUACGACCGAGCUGGUAUGCCACCUAAGUCGUUUGAAUUUUGGCGUGCAGGUUACACGGCGGGGUAUUGAUAGAUGCGAAAUUGUCGCGCGCGAAUCCGAAAUCUAAUCUCUA